GUAUACGUGGCUUGUCAGUCAAUGCUGAUUGUGCUUGUGGGAGCUGUGCCCGAGUAUCACAUAGACCAAGAAGGAAUCCCAGCGAACACAGCUGAGCUUGCCAAGCACAUCCACUUUGCAGGCAACUUCACAUCUAUAGUAACCGAGUGGUACCUAAUUGAACAAGAAGCCUACAAAGUGAGCCUUGCAUCAUCCCUGUUUUUUGCUGGAUUGCUUAUUGGUAAUAUCACAUUUGGCCCUUUGUCAGACAGACUGGGCAGGAAACCAGUGUAUAUCUCGGGUCUGUUUUUUGAUGUCGUUUUUGGGUAUGUCACAGCAUUAGCUCCAAAUUAUGACAUAUUUGCAGUUUCACGGUUUUUUGUUGGAAUUGUGAAUGGUGGAAUGGCUCUCGUGUCUUUUGUCCUAACACAGGAAUAUGUAGGAAAAUCAUUUUGGUCAUUUACAGGUUCAUUAACUAACUUGACGUUUGCAGUUGGCAUUGCUGUUUAUGCUUUACUGGGUUACUGUCUGAGAGAAUGGCGCUACCUUGCCUUGGUAUCGAAUACUCCAGGAGUCAUCUUCCUCCUCCUGUCUUUUAUGCUCCCAGAAUCGCCACGGUGGCUGUAUUCCCAAGGGAAAACAGCAGAAGCUGAAGAUGUGUUGCAAUAUAUUGCCCUUGGGAACGGCAAGGAGAGAUUGAAUCUAAAAUUAAAACCAAGUGCAGGAACUUUGAGAAAGGAUGAGUCGGCACCUGGUAUCCUGAACUUAGUAAAACACCCAGUCCUUCGCUGGCGAACCAUCAUACUGAUGUACAUCUGGUAUGUCUGCAGCUUUGUAUACUAUGGACUAACUUUACAUGCUGGUGAAUUAAGAGGAAAUCUGUAUUUAAAUGUGGCUCUUUCUGGUCUUGUAGAAGUUCCAGCGUUUCCUCUCUGCAUGUUUUUUAUUGAGAAAUCCUGGUCUGGAAGAUGUAAAACGAUGACGUGUUUCCUGAUAUUUGCAGGAUUUGCCUGCAUAUUUACCAUGUUUUUACCAACAAAUGCUGGUCUGCUCCUCAGUCCCACUUUGUUAGCUUUGUGUGGAAAAAUGAUGGUCAGCGCUGCUUUCAACAUCGUGUAUAUUUAUACGUCCGAGCUGUACCCAACGGUGCUGAGAAAUGCUGGCUUGGGUGUCUGUUCCAUGUCUUGCAGAUUUGGGGGCAUUUUGGCUCCAUUUGUGCCAUCUAUGAAAUCUCUUAGUCCUUCUAUCCCGUUCGUGGUGUUUGGAAUCAGUGGACUGUCAGCAGGAUUCCUGACUCUUCUUCUACCAGAAACUCUAAAUAAGCCAGUUGCUGAGAACGUUGAAGAUCUCCAGAGUCCCAGAUACCAAGUGCUUAAAAAUGAAGAGGAAGAGUAA